UAUCUUUUCUUUUUCUCUUUUUCUUGUUAUAUUAGUAACUUGAGUAUAGUGAAUAGAAUUAGUCUGUAGUAUAGUAAAUGUAGUGUUACCUGUUAGUAGUAUUAACAUAUUGACUUAUUCAUUUGUUUCUUUCUCAUUGGGUUGCCAGGUCACCAUAGGUGCUGUAGGAGACUAGCUAGUGUUACUCCCAGUACACUAGAUACCAAGAUAUCCCCACAAUGAGUGGUGACAGAUCCUCCCACACAGAGGAGGAGGUGUUCCGGGGAUAUGAAGUCCUCAGAACCCUUGGCAAGGGCAGCUUCGGCAAGGUGAAGCUGGCCCGCCAUGUGGAGAGUGGGACCAUGUUGGCUGUGAAGAUCAUUGCCAGAGGGCACGGGGAUUCCUCCGAGUUCCCACAAGCAAGGGUAGAAGCAGAGAUUAUGAGUUCUCUGCAUCACCCUCACAUUGUACAGCUAAUGCAGGUAGACUACACGGCAGAGAGAGCCUACCUGUUCAUGGAAUAUAUUAGCGUGGGGGACCUUGGAAAGUUAGUGGCAGUGCGCGGCCACCUUGAGGAAGGAGAAGCAUGCUACUAUUUCAGUCAGACCCUGGAAGCAGAGGAGUACUGCCAUAAGCAGCACGUUGUCCACAGAGAUAUAAAAUUAGAAAAUCUCCUUGUGGACAGAAAAAUGUGUAUUAAACUAAUUGACUUUGGCUUAAGCCAAAAGUUGGCUGAAGGCCAACAACUCAAUUCAUUGUGUGGCAGCCUCGAAUACUGUGCCCCGGAAGAAUUCUUAGGGAAGGAAUUCGAUGGCUACAAGGCUGACAUGUGGAGCCUGGGCGUGCUCCUAUACACCAUGGUGAAAGGGUGGCUGCCCUUUGAAGGGGACAGCUUUGCACACUUGAAGGAAGCCAUCCUGGCUGGCUCUUACCUAAUCCCCUCCUCUAUAAGCGGGGAACUGGAGCAGCUGCUGGACUGGCUGAUGACCUAUGACCCUGCUGAGAGGCCCACAGUGGCAGAUGCUAUGGGCCACAAGUGGCUCAGCAUGGAGCAGAAAGGGCCCAAACUGAGUGAAGACACAGCCAAACAGACUCAGAGUUCAACCGAGGACGAGGACCUCAGUGAAAGUGUGGAGAGCCUGAGCUCUCAGGAGGGCCUCAGAGAACAGGACGGCCCCCUGUGGGGAAAAGCCCAGCUACAGGCUCACCUCAGAGGAGGAGGAAGCGAAAUUUACAUGGGGCUCCCAGGUCCUUCGCAUGUUACUGAAGGUCCGAAAUACCUCUCAGGCCUCCUCUUCCAGCUGGGCCGUGAGGAGGAGGAUGGCUGCUUGUCCCCUGCUCUGAGCUGGGGGAAAUCCCAGGAGGGCUUCAGUGGAGCAGCGAGACCUGAGCUCACUGAAGUGGAGCUUCUAGCAUCUCCCCAGGAUGCUGAGGCCCAAAGCUACCUGGUGGAGCUGGGCUUUCAGCUGAGCCAUAAAGCAGCCCCCCUGACACCCAGUCUCCAAGCCAGCACCACAUCCCCAGUGCUGCCCGAAGGUGACCUGUCAUCAGGGCUAAAUGCCUGCCAUGGAGCCCGCAGGAUGGACGGUUCCCCACCUGGCAUGAUGAUGAUCCACACUCCUCGCCCAGUCCUCAGGUAUAACAGCUCCGUGUCCUCUGCGUCCACUCUCAACACCAGCAGCAGUGAGGCUGGCAGGUCAGAUGGUCCCCACGCUAUCAUAAGGAGGAGGACCUACAUUCUUGGGCCAGUUCUCAGCCACAACAACUCCUUGUCCUCCAUAGCCACUAUCAGCGUCACCAGCAGUGAGGCUGAGAGGACAGAUGGCCCCCAACCUGGGAUAAGGAGGGAGACCUACAUUCCCUGGCCAGGCCUCAGGUACAACAGCCCCGUGUCCUCCAUAUCCACUCUCAGCUCCAGCAGCAGAGAGGACCACUUAGCAGACAGGAGCUGUUCCCAGGGAGUGACAGAGAAUGAGAGCCUCCCAGAAAACCAACAGGACGAGGAGGCAGGGACCUCACCUGCUAAAGCUGCCAAGAGCAAGGGCCGCCGGGGGGUCUGCAGGAGGAUGGUGAACUGCCUUCUGCGGGUGUGUUGUAUCCUGCCAGACCCAGAGGAAGACCUCUGAAUUCAGAGGAGAAAGGUGGCCCCAUAGCUUCAUUCACUGGAAAUGCUCAAGAGGAAAUUAUGAUCCCUGCCUGGGAGGAGGGAUUGUGGGGAGGCAGUAAUAAAUAACAGGCAGGGAGUGAAGGCAAUGGGUCUCAUAGGAGGAACUAGGAUCAGGCGUCAGACCAGACCACACCACCAGGUCCUGUGUCUCAUGUGCAAGCAGCUGAUCAGGUGAGCAUAACCUCACUUCAGUGUCAGGUCAGUGACAUUUCUCGGUUGUCACAUGGUUCAAGUAGUCAGCAGAAUAGCAUUUUUAUUGGUUAGCAUCCAUGACCAUUUGCUAGGCACCAGAAAAACAGACACCUGACAUUGAAACGCUGUAGUGAAU